AUGCAUGACUUGCAAUACUUUAUCUUCUUUCGCAUGAGAGACCUUCCCACCGAGAUCAUCACCAACAUCUUUCGUCUCGUCUCCUGGUCCGCCACCAAACCAGAUGAGAGCGUGAACACUCGCAUAUUGCUCACCCAUGUCUGUCGGCAAUGGCGCGCCAUCGCCCUCGCAGAUCAUACCUUAUGGUCUGCGAUCUGGUUUCGCGACAAGUUCCCAUACAACCGUUCCCUCACCUUCAUCGAACGUGCUGGCCAGGCCCCGCUCGACAUUCGCAUCAACGAUCCGAGCGAGGCUGAAGCCCUUACUGAUCAACAGAUGAUGUACCUCCUCGACCGCCUCUUCAGAAAAAUUGGCACCAUCCGAAUCUUCAUCAUGCUCUGCUAUAAAUGGGAGCCUAUCCUCACCAUCCUCAAGCGGAUGCAUCAAGCACUAAGGGGCCCUAGGCCUCUGAUUCUCCAGCGCUUCGAGCUUCAUCGUCUCGGAGACCCAUUCCUUUGGCCAGGGAAAGACUUCACUCCAGUCGGUCACUCAGUUACGAUGUAUCCUAUGAUCGGUGGGCCCAUGCUCCCACAGCUGAAAUAUGUUUCGGUGAAUGGUAUUCACUUUGACUGGAAUUCCUCCUCCAUCAGCAACCUUACUACCAUUGACAUCCGUCGGCUUCCAUUCGAACAUGCAAUAGCAGCUCCGGUCUUCCGAUCGAUGUUGAUCAAUUGUCCUCUCCUCGAGAAAUUGGCGCUUGACGGUGCUGGACCCAAGGGUCCCCCUACCGGCAGACAUUCAGCGCCUAUCGAACUGAGGCAUUUGAAGAUCCUUGUGCUUGCCAAUUUCACUCCGAACUUCGUUCAGGGCCUUAUCGUGCACUUCACCGCCCCUAAUGUUCGUGAUUUAACGAUCAUGAACCUUUUCAGACAUGAAUACACUUCGUUGUACGUCUUCCUGACAGGACGAUUCCCCAAAGUACGCAUCUUCACCAUGUAUACGCUCCAGGUGACCAGGGGACUGGGACACACCGCGAUGGUUAAAUUCCUCGGUUCUAUGACAGAGGUUCGUUAUAUUCGCAUCGCGAUGCUGGACGCAUAUGGCCUGAGCACAUUCAUGUAUGACCCGACGACUCCGAUGCCUCAUAGCGAGCUUUCGCCCCGCACGCGGGACAUCUUCGGCAGGGCAGGUGCCCCCAACAUGUUGCCGAACCCUCCGCCACAAGAUGAGGGAAAGAAGAGGAAGAAGCCAAAGCCGGAGACCUACGUCUUCCCGCAAUUGGCUGUGGCGGAGGUGCAGUCGAUUGAGAAGGAAUGGCUGGCUGCUUGGCUUGCUGGUAGACAGGCUAUUGGGGUACCGUUACAGACGCUGUAUCUCCAAGGCGACCUGAGUAAGUACGACAGUGAUGAUCUAAGGAGAAUGGGCAAGCUUGUCACAAGCAAGGUUCAAGUCAUCGGUCUGGGGCAGAAGACUCCGGAGGAAGAGACGUCGUUGUUGUAG